ACUGCAGACCUGUGUGAGUCUGCGCGUGUUUUUGAGAUGACAACAUGCCGGGCGGUUGCCGCUUCAAUGUUCUUUGGCUUGAUAAUGAAAAAUACAAGUUGUGGCUGAAACAAGGACCAGAUCCUCGAGUUGCCUCAUGUACAGUCUGCAAAAAGGACCUGCAGCUUUACACUAUGGGAGAGGCUGCGCUGUCGAGCCACGUGAAAGGAAAAAAGCACCAAGAUCUGAUGAGAAGAUUACAGAAUCCAGGAUCUUUAUUUGAAGAUUUUUUUCCGCAGACAAGCGAUUCAUCCCGCAGCACGGCUACAUUCACACCAUCAAGCAGCAGUGUGGCAAGAGUCUGUAAACUUGAAUCAGCCGGUGAAGUAUCAAUAGGAGAUCCAUCUUUAUUAUUCCCAGGUUCAUCUAAUGAACACCAGUCAAACUGCUUUAAUCCUUCACUUAAAGCAGAAAUAUGCUGGGCAAUAAAAGUGGUCACCAGCCACUAUUCCUACAAAUCUUGUGAGGAUGUGGGGGACCUUUUCCGAGCAAUGUUUCCUGACAGUGCCAUAGCAAACCAGUUUAGUUGCGGGGAGAAUAAAGCGGCAUACCUAACUGUAUUUGGAAUAGCUCCUUAUUUCUCUUCACUAAUGAAGACCGAUGCCAAGAAAGAGUCCGGUUAUGUACUUCAGUUUGAUCAGUGUCUAAAUCAAGAAUUGAAAAAAUGCCAGCUCGACACAUACUUGAGAUUCUGGAACGGAAAUAAAGUGACCUCAAGGUAUCUCACAUCUUUUUUCAUGUCUCAUUACACCGCAGAACCGAUAUAUCAGAUGGUUGAGACUGUGUGUUCGGAUAUUGGUUUCCAAAACCUGAUUCAGCUGUCGAUGGAUGGUCCAAAUGUGAAUUUGAAGAUCUUCUCCAUGGCCCAGCAAAAUAUAGAAGACCAAACAGGCAAGAAAAUGCUAAAUGUAGGAAGUUUUGGUUUGCAUAUACUACACAAUUCCUUUAGAGAAGGAUGUGUAUCCACAGACUGGGAUCUGGAAUGUGCUCUCACAAGCCUUAACUGGCUUUUCAAGGAUUUUCCAGUUUGUAGGGAGGAUUAUACAGAAGUCACCGGUUUCACAAGCUUCCCACUUGAAUUCUGUAAUGAUCGAUGGCUGGAAAAUGUGGAGGUGGCUGAGCGGGCACUUCAAAUUUUGCCUUCUUUAAAAAUGUACAUCAAUGCUAUUGAAGCAAAAACUGUAACAGAACCAUCUACUAAGUCUUUCAGGACUGCCAAGAUGAUUGUCCAAGAUGACCUUUUUCCGGCAAAGCUCAACUUCUUUAUCAUGGUGGCUCAGGAGAUCACACCGUUUUUGAGGUUGUACCAGACUGACAAACCCAUGCUGCCAUUUCUGAGUGGGCAUCUCACCGAUAUGCUGAGGAGUCUAAUGGAAAAGUUUAUCGAGCCCAGUGUUAUGAAGAAUGCAACUACCACCCUAAAGCUUCUUGAGGUCGACUAUGCCAACCCGGUCAACCACAUGGAUGUUAACAAACUGCAAGUGGGAUUCAACACGGAGCAAGUCCUGGAGGACUCUGGUGCUGAGAGACUGACGUUGGAGUUUAGGCAGAACUGCCAGUUGUUUUUGCUGAAGAUGGUCUCCAUGCUUUUGGAAAAGUCUCCCCUCAAAUAUCUUCUUGUGAGAAGUCUGUCUGUCCUGGAUCCAAGGGUGCUCAUUGAAAACAAAGAGGAGGGCACCCAAAAAUUCACCACAAUUCUGCGGCUCCUUGUUGAAACUGGACGCAUCGAAGAGAAAUAUUGUGAUGAGAUUCUCAAAGAGCUCGGUCACUUCUAUGACCACGACCUGAUGUGGGUGCCAGAAUACUUUAGGAAAUUUAAUCCUGGAAGUGAAAGGUUGGAUGAAUUCUACCACGAACGUUUAUCAAGCAGAGCAGAGUAUCAACAUCUUUGGGAGGUAGUAAAACUUAUCCUGAUCAUUUCACAUGGUCAAACUUCUGCCGAUAGAGGGAUUUCUAUCAACAAGGAGAUGAUGGUGGAUAACCUAGAAGAACGUUCAUUGACUGCCCAUCAAGUUAUCUGUGACCAUGUCCAAAGUGUUGGAGGGCUGCUCAACGUAGUCUACACAAAGGAGCUACUCCUCUCAGCAGCCACGGCUAAGCACAAAUAUCACAUGUACCUUGAUGAACAAAGACGAUUAAAGCAAGAAGAACAAAAGACACUGAAAAGGAAAGAACUAGUGGAUGAGAUUGCAGAGAUAAAAGCCAAAAAGAAGAGAAUGGAGGAGGAUGUUAGGGUCCUCCUUAUGUCUGCUGAUCACAUUGCAGAAAAAGCUGAGUCGCAAGGAGAACUGACCUUAAUCUCCAAGUCCAAUGGCCUUCGAAGAGCUGCAAAAGAAAAGGAAAGAAGUCUGGAGAUUUUGGAGAAACAGCUAUCUGACAAACUUAAGGAACUGAGGGACCCUUUUCAAUAGACUUUUUCAUGUUUCAUGUCUAACCACUACUUUUGGUUUUUAUAGCAUUUUAGGCGAAACAGUAACGUCAGUAACUUGCAUUACCAAAUUAAGUUAUUGGUAGGAUAUGUAGUCAUGUUGGUUGUGUUGCAUUGCCGUCUGCUUAUCUUGACGAACAGCUGAGUAAGGAAGGAGAAGAUAUUGUUCAUACUUACUAUAUCAACUUAAGUUGAUUUGUUUUGAUUCUUACAAUAUAUUGUAUGCAUUUUAUUGAAAUAGCUCAAAGAGCUGAUUGACACUCUUCCACAAAAACUUAUGGUUCUAUUUUUACAUUUACAUU